AUGUGGAUCAGUGCUGCCGCAGAUGUGCCCGACCCUUGGAAUGACGUCCAAUCAUUCGUGUUUGAGCAUUUUUUCGCAAUUAAACCUUAUGGUCUGACCCCUGAUGAUGAAGCGGCUCUCCAGCAAAAGCUCAUCAUAAAGAUGUCCCAAGGAUAUAGUGUAUGGGAUACCUUGAGCCAACUCAACUACUCAACUGUCCUGCUUGGUCCAACGAAAGAACGAUAUACUCUGGAGGAUGCUCAACGUUAUAUUGAAUCCUCUAGCCCUAGUCUCCCAGGUUGGCGAUUUUUCCACGUCACUGCCUCGACACUUAUCUUGCCCUUAACGAAGACAGCGAAAGUGGAUCAACGAGCCACACUGUUGAAAAACUGGUUGCACGACCAGCAAGAGUCACUCAACAAUUGGAUGAUGCAAGCAGAAAGCAUGAUCGAGAUUUGGAUUCUUCUAACUGAACUAAAAGAAGAGGGGCUCAUUGACGGCCUACUCAUGGUUGAGAAACAAGAUCCUAAGGACGAUCAUAAUUUUAAUCGGGAUGCGAAUGUUUUCGACGCCGCUGGCCCUGAGAAGGUCGAGAAAACCAUCGAGAAAAAAGACAUCGAAGACAAGUACACAACAAUCGUCGAAGCGAGCAGGAUUUUGAUCAUAAUCAUCAACCAGGAAACGCUGUUUGUUUGUUUGUGUAUCUUUGUGCUUCUGUUCAUGUGCUGGUAUAUGUUUCUG